UGUUAAAUAACAGCUGUGCUUUGUUAUGGUUCUGUUAUUACGCUGUUAAUAAGUGUUAUCGCACUUUUUACAACAACAAAUCGGUCGAAAACUGUAAUCGGCCGCUUAUAGGCGGAGGAAAUAGCGUUGAUCACAAUAUAUUUUUUAUUUCCAUAAUUCGGUAAUUCAGCGCAGAGGUGAACACAAAGACUGUGACCAACACAAUGCUACGGGCGAUAGGCAAACGGGACAGGGACAUCUUCGAUGAGGUAUGGCCGGAGAAAAGAAAAAUUGUGCUCAAGCUGCUGCGCCAGGAGACGGUGUCGCAGCGCGAAUGGCAGGACCUUUUCUUUGGCGUGCACUUUGUGUGCCUGUGGGACGAGAAGGGUGCCGCCAAAAUCUACGACGGCCUUCAACAGGAUAUUGUGGAGUUCAUUGUGCAGGCCCAAUCCAAGGUGCAGGCCCAAAGGGGCGAGCAGGCGCUAUUGGCCACCUAUAUUGUGGAAUGGCGUAAAUUCUUUACACAGUCCAAUUACCUGCCAUUGCCCUUUCGUCAGCUGGAGCAGUCGCCUCAAGUGAAACCGUCCUCGAGCUCCAGCUCGGGGUCAUCAUCAUCCGCUGCUGGUGCUAAUGCUGGGGCAUCCACAUCGAAUGCAGCGGCCUCAUCCAACAAUCAAGCGUCCUCAAGCAGUUCCUCCACGAAAGCCUCAACAUCGGCAGCGGCGGCGGCGUCAACGUCAGCAGCCACAUCGGGUGGUGCCUCUACUGGUGCGGCAAGCAAUUCAGCAACAGCAGCAUCCAGCUCCAAAAAGAGUCCUACUGAGGACAGUCCGGUGCGGAAGCUGAUGCUUGACUCAUGGAACAAGCACAUCUUUCACGACAUCAAGGAUCGCCUGCAGGAGUCCGCAAUGAAAAUUGUGCACGCCGAGCGCAAUGGCGAUGCCUACGAUGCCCAGCUUGUGGUUGGAGUGCGCGAAAGUUAUGUCAAUCUGUCCUCGAAUGCUGAGGAUAAGCUUGAGAUCUAUCGCGAGCACUUUGAGAAGGCCUACCUGAAGGCCACCGCCGACUUCUAUCGACUGAAGUCCACCGAGCAACAGCAGGAGAACGGUGUCCUGGCCUACAUGAAGUACGCGGAUGCCAAGCUGCGGGAGGAGGAGGUGCGCGCGAAGCGCUACCUGGAGCCCAGCAGCUUUAAUAUACUUACAUGCCGUCUGGUCAAAGUGCUGAUUGUGGAUCAUCUCAACUCAAUUAUAGCCGAGUGUCCGGCGCUAAUACGUGACUAUGAGACGGACCGUUUGAAUCUGAUGUUUCGCCUGAUGGAUCGCGUCCUGGAUGGCGAGGGAGUUGAGGCGAUGAUGAGCGAUCUGCAGCGACAUAUCAAGUCCGCUGGCUUGGCUGACAUGCAAUCCGCAUCGGAGAUCAUAACACAGGACUCGGAGAAGUAUGUGGAACGGCUGCUGGAACUGUUUAACAAGUUCAGCGAUCUGGUGCGGAAUGCCUUCAACGAUGACCCGCGCUUCCUCACUGCCCGCGACAUUGCCUUCAAGAUGGUGGUCAACGACACCAGUGUGUUCAAAAUGGAGCUGCCCACAAGCAUCGCCAAUCGUGGCGUGAAAUACACCGCUCCCGAGAGCAAAUGCCCCGAACUCCUGGCCAACUACUGUGACAUGCUGCUCCGUCGGACGCCGCUCAGCAAGCGGCUUACCAGCGAGCAGAUCGAUGCACGACUCCGCGAUGUGCUGCUCGUGCUGAAAUACGUGAACAACAAGGAUGUCUUCAUGCGCUACCACAAAGUGCAUUUAACACGACGCUUGAUUCUCGGCACGAGUGCGGAUAGCGAAAAGGAGGAGGACAUUGUCGAGUGGCUGCGCGAGGUUGGCAUGCCCGCUGACUAUGUCAACAGGCUGGCACGCAUGUUCCAGGACAUAAAGGUCAGUGAGGAUCUAAAUACUCAAUUCCGUAAUUCGAUAAGUCGGCACGAUGCCAUCAAUAUUAAAAUACUCAAUGCGGGCGCGUGGGCUCGCUGCUCGGAGCGUGUCUCAGUUUCGCUGCCAAUUGAACUGGAGGAUUAUAUACCGGACGUGGAGGAGUUCUACAAGAAGAAGCAUUCCGGCCGUAAGCUGCAAUGGUAUCAUCACAUGAGCAAUGGCACCAUCACGUUUGUCAACAAUUUCGGACGCUAUGAUCUCGAUGUGACCACAUUUCAAAUGGCUGUACUCUUUGCCUGGAAUCAGCGACAGCACGACAAGAUCUCCUAUGAGAAUCUCCGUCUGGCCACCGAGUUGCCAGAUCCCGAGCUGAGGCGCACGUUGUGGUCUCUGGUCGCAUUUCCGAAGAUCAAGAAGCAAAUUUUGCACAUGGAACCAACGGCUAUCAGUUCGCCCAAAGAUUUUGCCGAGAACACCAUGUUCUAUAUCAAUCAAGAGUUUGCCAUUGUCAAGAAUGGCAAAUCACAACGACGUGGAAAGCUCAAUCUUAUUGGUCGCCUGCAGUUGAGCACAGAGCGCUCGCAGCAGGAGGAUAAUCAGUCCAUUGUGCAGCUACGCAUAUUGCGCACCCAGGAAGCCAUCAUCAAGAUCAUGAAGGUGCGCAAGCGAAUGAACAAUGCAGCCUUGCAGGCGGAGCUUAUUGAUAUACUGAAGAACAUGUUCCUGCCAUCCAAGAAGAUGAUUAAGGAGCAGCUCGAGUGGCUCAUUGAGCACAAGUAUAUGAGACGGGAUGACGACGACAUCAACAUGUUCAUUUAUGUGGCCUAACUAUCAUGGCUCCUGCGUCCUUGCCUAAUAACCAUUCCUUUCCAUUUCCACCCGCAACCGCACCUCAGCUCAGCUCAGCUCCUUCCCUCCAAAAAUGCUCCCAUUAGUUUUGAAUUUGUUGUGUGCUCUAAGCGCGUGGCUAAGUAUCUUCUACUUUAUAUCUCAGUCAAACAUUUAUCUCGUCAUGUAACUAUGUAUCCAUCUAUUCAUUUAAUUUCUUCUUUUUUUUUUGGGUUCUUCUAGCUUUGUACUGUUUGUUGACAUUGCGUCCUGGGGAGCAUUCUAGCAGUUAUUCAUUUCAAAUUGUAUUUUGUGUAAAAUUUUAAUUUCUAUUAUAAUUAUAAUUAUAUUAUUUUUGGCCUUUUGCCAGCUUGGUUUAGAGUCUUAGAAUGGGUUGUUGCCCGUAUGGUAACGCUAAUCUAGAGUCAACUUUUGAUGUUUAAGUUUCCACCUUCUGUGUUGUCUUUGUUUAUGUUGUGCAUUUUGAGUUAUUGCUUAGGUAUUUUUUGUAGUUUCGUAUUUUGUGGGGCAAGCACACCCGCAACAAACAUCCACACACAAACACACUCAAUCAUGGGCAUAUGGGGAUUGAACACUUUGUGUAGUCUAAGUCCACUUUUGUUGCAAGUUGAAUCUCUUCAAAGACAAACACACAAGCAAACAUACGAAAGCAAAACUAAACUAGAAUA